AUACAGACCAUUCUGAUGCAUGAGUGUUAUCAAUAUCGGGUUGCAGAUUCUGAGAAGAGGGCGCAUUAUGACAGCUAUCUUCUAUCUCAAAGAAUGGUUGUGCAUAAACAUUCUAGACAAGGUUCAACGUUGCCCCAUAUGACUAUUAAUAAGCAGAUGGAAGUUGUUGAAUGGUUAAAGUGGUAUAGAUUAACUAUAAAUGAUAUCGUGUCUCAAAGGAAAACAGUGGUCGGAACUGGCUAUUUUGAUGUUCUUGAAGCAGAUUUUUAUUCUGCGAUACAAACAGCAUAUUAUGGUCCUGUAAUUGAAUCCAUUGAUCUUCUUCCUGAUCGAUUUGAAGCAGAAGAAAGGUCUGUGUAUGAAACUACGGAGGUACUGCACUUGGUUUCAGGGCGUGAUCUUUUUGGGAUGGUUUGCCUGGUGGAUAGGGUUCCUGAGUUAUCUUUUGCCUAUAAUGAGAAAUUGACUUCUUCUAUGUCUUCAGCUUCAAUCAUGUCUCGGUCUACCCAAAAUUCUAGAAUCUGCAUGAAUGACAAGCAUGACAUCCAUGGUGGAAAUUCUCAGAUUCGAGUAACAGAUAUAAAAAACCAUGCAUCUGAUGCAUAUAGGGAUUUGGAGUUACAUGUGUCUGGAAGGGUGGUAGCUGUUGCCACCAGAAUCCCUCCUAAAAGCUGUUUUGGUGAAACACAAAAUGAGGAUGUUGAAGACCUCAUCCAAGUUUUUCUUACUUCAGAUGAUGAUUCUAUGCCUUUCAGUCAAGGAUUGGAUUGUAAAGUUAGAUCCCGAGUUUUGUUGGGAAAAAUAACUGGACUUGGAACCAGCCCAGAAGAGGGAUCAUGUUUUGUUUACAAUAGCAAUGGUUCAAAAACCCAUGUGAUAAUGAAACAUAGGACAUUGCUGGUGAAGCAUAUGCACUGGUAUCGAGUGGGAGAGGAAGUUUCUGUUUGUGAGUGUAGAUGUAGUAGAGCUUGGUUACCAUCUAGCAAAUUUUGGUUAUUUGAACCUCGUUGUGGAAUGCAUGACAUUGGUGGUUGGUACAUUGAAACCUUUGGCCGAGAUAAGAAAGGCAGGACAGUCCCAUCCCAAAGAUACUGGGAUGGGGUUGAUGCAACUGAACAAUUUGAUGUGAGACUCCAUCCAGCUAUGUAUUUGCUUGCCCUUGCAUAUAGGACACUAGAUAUCGAAGAUGCAAAAAUAAGGAAGCAAACAAUUUGGAAAGUUGUUGGAGGAAAACUAUUUAGAAUCCUCAGUUUGUACAAGAAGCUUGUUUAGGAUAAUUACCUCCUUGGGAUUGCGAGUAUGCAUUAUCCUUGGUUCAAAUUUCUUGGUGAAAAAUGGUCAAGGGGUUGCAAUUUAUAUUUGGCAUUCAAUUUUUCCGACCAUAGUGAAACGUCAUGCAAGUACUGGGAAAAUGAAGAUAUCGGAAGUUCUCAUUUGGAUGUACGAAGAAAAUGAUUCCAUUGUGUGCCAUUUAUGUAUCUUAUUCAGAUAAUUAGAAUGAUCUGUGUCUACUAUUCAGACCUGUUCGCUCUACUUCAUUGUCAGCACUUGAAUAUGCCAUAAAAGGUAAAAAAAAAACUUCAAAAUCUUUCAGACCAGUAGGACUUGUGAGGUAUCACCAUGAUAUUCCUUGAAUCCUCAUUCCAAAUGCUGAUAUCUGAAA